GAACGUGUUAAGUUGCCGAUCGGUACGGUUUCAGCCUUCAGUUGCACUUUCGAGCUUCGCGCGCUAGCAGGUGCUGAAACACGGCAGCAGCAGCAGCAGUCGGAAAGCUUCCACCAGAAUCUCAGUUCUCGAUCGGUCUACACGGCGAAUAGCUUACGGAUUCGCGCACGAAGAAAUUGGUUUUGUCUAAGAUUUUGUGUCAAGUGUGGCAUCCCGCGGUGAAGUGCGUCCACGUGCGAUUUUUUUUUGUGUGCUUUUCGGUUUUUGGAGAUCUUGGUUCCCAGCAUCUGGAGAUCACGAAGUCGUCGUCGUCGAGCCUGUAAAGUUGCUGCAGGAAUUCACACCUCAGCGCUCGUGUGAUAAAUUAAAAAUAGUUGCAACAACAACAAGUAAAAAAGAAAAAAAAAAGUGCGUGUUUGAUGUGAAAAGUGUGCUGAAGUCUCGAUCCGAGUCCGAGCGUGCAUAUUGAGUGUAGUGUCAUACGGAGGAAUACGACAGUCCAGCGGUGGCCACCGAACCGGAGAGAUGCGGAACGUCUGGAUUGUGGUGGCGAGCGGCCUGCUAGCGUUCGCCAACUUUGUCAAGUCGCAGGAAACGGGCCGGACGCUGUACAGCUCCAGAUACGACAACCUGGACAUCGACACGAUCCUUUCCAGCAACCGGCUGGUGAACAACUACGUCGACUGUCUGCUCAGCCGGAAGCCGUGCCCGCCCGAGGGAAAGGAUCUGAAACGUAUUCUACCGGAAGCUCUGCGCACCAAGUGUGGCCGCUGCUCGUCCACCCAGAAGGAGAACGCCCUCAAGAUCAUCACCACGCUGUACUACAGCUACCCGGACCAGUACCAGGCACUGCGUGAACGCUGGGAUCCGUCGGGCGAGUACCACCGCCGGUUCGAGGAGUAUCUGCGCGGUAUUCAGUUCAACCAGAUCGGGGGCAACGGAAACGGCAACGGUGGUCCCAGCGAACGUCCGGUAAGAAACGACUUUGACCGGGAUCAGUCCCAGAUCCUGCUGCAGACGUUGAUCCUGUCCACGACGACGGCGCAACCUCCGGUCCCAGAGCAACGACCAACCCAAUUGGCAUCAGCACAGUUAACACAACCGGUAGCACCAAUUACCUCUACAACAACAACUUCUUCUACUACCACCACAACCACUACCACUACUCCUACUACUAGUACUAGUACUACUACCAUGAGUACACCACCAGUACCAACAACACCUAACAGUAGCGUAGAGCCUUCUUCGUCUACCUCCUCCUCUACUUCUACUACUAGCGCUAGUAGUUCCGGUGGUGAGAGUGGCGACGAGGCUGGUGGCGGCUCCGAACCGCCCACGUCGAUUCCCGCAACGGACUCGUUUCGCCCAUUCAACAAUUUAAUCCAGUAUCGUCCAUGCUUUACGAGAUGUCCCUCUCGUUAUCGGCCUUGGUCACAACAGCAGCAGUACCAGUAUCAGCCAUAUCAGCAGUAUCAGCCACAUUUUUUCAACGCAAACAAUUUGUUUGGUUUCCUGAUCGACACCGACUCGGACACCCGUCCGGAGGCUCAAACCCAGGACAUGACUGCCGCUUCAAAUUCAUUCACAACAGAUAACCCUAACUUGUUUGGCCAACAGCAGCAGGAGCAGGACCCGGCAGUGACCAUCAUCCGGAACCCUUCAUCAGUCGAUAGAACUUCCUAUAGUAGACUUAUUCUGAGGCCGGUCGACGGUCUCGGCUUUGAAACCACCACCACCCUCUUCAGCACGGUAGAUUUGCAACCCACGGCGGGACCACUUUCGAACCGGUUCGGAGAUGAUGACACCCCGGUGACCACCAGCACCACGCAGAGGCCACCGGUAGUAGUGCAGCAGACCCAGCCCACCACCACCCAGAGGCCGGUCGUGGUGCGACAGACCACCACUCGACCCCCGACCCAGCGGACCACGUCGCGAUUUGUCGAAACGGUUCCGGCGGUCCAGCUGGUCCAGGGCCAGUUCCAAGUAGUAGCACAACCACCACCACCUCAACUUGUUUCUUCACAGAACUUCCAACAACAGCCGCAACCUUCGAACCAGGGUGGCCAACCGGCGUUCGUUCCGAACAAUGUAAUCGAUAACUUUUUUAUCCCUCCCGGCCAGCAGAACCCGCAACAAAAUAAUGGCGGUGGAGCGCAGAGUCCGAUCGUGGGCCUGUUUAACCAGAUUGGGAACAAGUUGGCCACCACGGCCGACGCCAUCGCCGGGAUGCUGCGGAAGACGGUGGACGUGAUCGUGACCUCGCACAUCCAGUCCCACCAGCGGGCGCUCAGGAGCUUUGGGGCGCAGUAAAAGGGUGUUGCCGGAAGUGAUUGGGGCCAGAAAUUUUGAAGGAGGACGGAGCAGGAAAUUUUGCCGUUUUAGGCAUGGUUUGGUGAGGAGGGAAAGGGGAAAAAAAGAGAGAAUAGAGAAAGCGAGCGAGAGUGAAAAACGAAAUUAACCGGAAGUUGGCAACCCCCGGGCGCAGCAUUAAAUUAUACCUAACUAUAUUCUGAUUAGAACUGUUAAGAACCAUUGAGUACACGCAAAUGAAAUUGUUUUCUUUUUUGAUUAAUGCUAUAUUAGAGUGUAAGCGAGCUUGGACGCAUUUUGGUCAACUCCUCGAGAAUGUUGGAAGGUUAGAGACUGUGAAAUAAGCUCAAAGGUUAAGAAAUCCCCAAGAUCUGUCUACCAAUAUAGGUUUAAGGCAGUUUAAAAGGACAAACAUGAAGCAAAGUUUUGAUAGUGUGAUAUUGAGGAUCAAAUUUUUGUACUUACAUUCCUGCAAGGGAAAUUAGGCUACAGAGUCGCAAAGGCGUAAAUUUAGAGUGAAAUCAAAAGUGAUCUAAAUUUGAAAAGAGUCAGAGAGAAAAAGAGGUUUAAGCGAUACAGGGUGAGCAGCAGAUCCAACAAUAUGUAAGCAAUGUGUUAUAAUAUAUUCGUAUCUACAAAA